AGUGUUGUCUGGCUUAGGAACCGGUGCAGCUUACCGAUCGCUACCUUUUAGUUCCCAUACGCGACGACGAUUCACGGUCACCCAUUCUGGACUCCUCUCCGACCUCUGACGACUGCAUCCGAAGAUGUCCAGACGCAGAUCCACGGCCCUGCUCGCGCUGCUCUUCCUGGUCUGCGCGGGGGCGUUCUCGGCGGCCGCCGCCGCUGCUGCCGGGAGGAGCAAGGGCAAGGGCGGGUCGGGCCGCAACGGGCUGCCACCGUGCCGGGAUCUGGCGACGCGGGGCGAGUGCGCGGCGCGCGGCGGGUGCCGGUGGUGCCGCAGCGAGGCGCUCGACGACAUGUGCUUCGGGGCCACCGAGGCGUGGCGCCUCCCGGACCAGGUCUUCUCCUGCGACUCGCCAUCCGGCGCCGCGAAUGCCCGGAAGUAAUGCCGCCGCCGCCGCCGACGAAGCUCGGGCUCCCGCCUUGUUCGGGGUCGCUCGAUCUGACCUCUGCUGUCGCCGGGCCUCCGUUGUUUUCUACUUUUCUUUGCUGGAUCUGAGAUUUACCGUGUCUUGUUUACUGCUGAUGUGUGAUUGUUUCAUGGAUUGCCUUUGUGCAUUGUACUGUAAAAUCCGGUCAAAAUCCAGUCAGAGCGUGGCAAAUCAUACUAAUGA